UAAACGCUUCCCUGUUCGAGAGGCGAUCCGAUAGAGGAAUUUGCAUAAAGUUCGGAUCUGUAAAUCAUCGAUGAGCUGUAUUUGCGUGUUGUUUGACGAACAGUAGGGAAAGAUUUAUUGUGAACGAUUGUGAAAGGUUUGAUCAGUUAUGGAGAAGAAGAAGAAGUAUCCAAUUGGAGCUGAACAUUAUACACUUUAUGAGGACGUGGGGCAGGGUGUGAGCGCUUCAGUUUAUCGCGCUAUCUGUGUUCCUUUCAAUGAGAUCGUUGCAAUUAAAAUUCUGGAUUUCGAACGUGACAACAGUAAUCUGAAUAACAUAUCUCGCGAAGCUCAAAUAAUGGUCCUGGUUGACCACGCUAACGUUCUUAAAUCACAUUGCUCUUUUGUUAGUGAUCAUAAUCUCUGGGUUGUCAUGCCUUAUAUGGCUGGGGGUUCUUGUCUUCACAUAUUGAAGGCAGCACAUCCAGAUGGUUUUGAGGAGGUUGUUAUUGCUACGGUAUUACGUGAGGUUUUGAAGGGUUUGGAAUAUCUCCAUCAUCAUGGGCACAUUCAUCGAGAUGUCAAAGCUGGAAACAUUCUUAUUGAUUCACGUGGUGGAAUCAAAUUGGGUGAUUUUGGUGUUUCUGCUUGCUUGUUCGAUUCGGGUGAUAGGCAACGCAUGAGGAAUACAUUUGUGGGGACGCCUUGCUGGAUGGCGCCUGAGGUUAUGGAGCAAUUACACGGCUAUGAUUUCAAGGCUGAUAUCUGGUCUUUUGGUAUAACUGCUUUAGAGCUUGCUCAUGGCCACGCUCCUUUCUCAAAGUAUCCGCCUAUGAAGGUACUGCUUAUGACCUUGCAAAAUGCACCCCCUGGUCUUGAUUAUGAGAAAGACAGAAAAUUUUCUAAGUCCUUUAAGCAGAUGAUUGCUGCUUGCUUGGUGAAAGAUCCUUCAAAACGGCCCACAGCAAAGACGUUGUUGAAGCAUGCUUUUUUCAGGCAAGGUAGAUCAAAUGAUUAUACAGCACGAACGCUUUUAGAUGGGCUGCCAGCCCUUGGUGAUCGUCUUCAGGCAUUGAAGAGAAAGGAAGAAGAUCUGCUGGCACAAAAGAAAAUACCCGAUGGGCAAAAGGAGGAAAUGUCACAGAAUGAAUAUAAACGAGGCAUUAGUGGGUGGAAUUUUAACCUUGAGGAUGUGAAGGCUCAGGCAUCAUUGAUCCCGGAUGAGGACUCUGUAUCUGAAAGAAAUCAUUUAGGGAGCUCAAAUUCUUUUUAUGGGCUUGAUACACGUGAAAACAAACUACAGCAUCAGGUGUCUUCUGUGAGCCAAUUUUCAGAAAAUACAGAUAUGGAAGAUAACAAUCUGAUACAGAAUCAACCUGCUCCUCUUUUAUCAGCUGACUCUUCAGGGACUUAUACCAUAGCUAAAUGUGAAAAAUCUGAUGAUGACGUAAGCAUGGUUAGUUCAACGUAUGAACACCCAACUUCUCAGAACUCAUCUCCACGUAAUGAGAAUCACAUUGGAGUUAGUAUGGCUGGAAAACCUCAAUUGGAUAUCCAUGGAAGAUAUUCAGAUGGCAUGGCUAGGAGGGGAGGUUCAUUAGGAAGCAUCAAUUUACCAGAUGCUGUUUUUCCAGCUUGUAAGGGAGAGAGCGAUAAGUUGAAAAAUCAGUUUCUAAACACAUCAAGUUGCAAUGGAACUGUUCCCCCAACAAGUGAUGACGAAACAUGUGAAAUCAUUUCUAGAACUUCUAAAACAUCAGCUAACAGUGAUGAGCUAGACGAGAAAACAAAGUGUCCAGUUGUUCAGCAAAGAGGGCGUUUCAAAGUAACUUCUGAGAAUGUAGAUUUAGAACAGGUGGUUCCAUCUCCUAUGUUGCAAAAGAGUCGCAGUAUGCAGGUGAUUAUCCAACAUCCAGCUGUUUCUCUACCAUCACCAUCUGAUGCUACACCACCAAAUCCUCUUGGCCAUUCAUUUUUUCCGAUGUUGCAAUCUGUUUUGCAGGCAAAUAUUGUGCAAAGGGAAAAGAUUCUAAAUUUAAUGAAGCAAGUCUCUGCUGGUGACUCUAUAGUUGGAGUCGGCUCAUGAUAGAGAGAAGGAAUUACUUCAUGAGAUAACUGAUUUGCAGUGGAGGCUGAUAUGUGCUCAGGAGGAGCUGCAAAAACACAAAACAGAAAAUGCUCAGGUUAGUUUUUAAUUCGUGGAUGCAUAGUUUUUACAUUUUAUGUUACUUGUUACGUGAUACUCAUCUGUAAAAUUUCGCUUCCAGGUAUGAUUCUAUUUGUUAGGCAAAUACAGAACAAAAUCGUUGACCUCCAAACUGAUGAAGACGAGAAAUAGGAUAGGAAGAAUCGUAGAUUUCAAUGGCAAAAUAAUUUUUUUUUUGUUGAAAGUUUCAGUUAUAUUUUGUUGUGAUUUGUCCUAAUUUCAAGUAAUUUGUGCAUAUAAAAAUAAAUUAUUCUUGUACAUGGUCACAUUAGCAG